AUGGCACACGGAGAGAUCCAAGACGGGAGAACCAAAGAGCGGGUGGAGGAGAUCCAAGAGGAGCAGUUCCUUAAAGAUCUCUACCUUUUCAUGAAGAAGAGAGAUUCACCCAUAGAGAGAAUCCCACAUCUGGGCUUCAAACAAAUUGAUUUAUUUGUUAUGUACACGACUGUCAGAGACUUGGGCGGCUACCACCAGGUGACUGCUCAGCAGCUAUGGAAGCAAAUUUACAACACACUCGGAGGAAAUCCUCGAAGCACGAGCGCAGCCACCUGCACCCGCAGACACUAUGAGAAGCUGCUGCUGCCAUACGAAUGCCACAUGAAAGGCAUAUUACUUAAUGUCUUGCCUCAGCAACAACCCAAGCACUUCCACUAUCCCAGCUACGGCAAAGAAGAUGAUGAUGGCCAGAGACCAGCCAAACGCAAACUGUUAUCAAUACCGCUGCACCAGAAUCCUCACAACUACCAGUCAGAGCCACAUGGGAGCACCUUCACCCUGCCACUCCACCGUCCUCACUACUAUCACCCAAGCCACACAAUUCUGUCCCCUUAUGUCCCGAUCCCCCCCUCAGUUUUGACAUCACACAACCCUCCUGCCCCCCAUCCCCAAUUUGCCUUCCAUCCAUCUCACCCAAACCCAACAGAGAGGAUUAAGGAGCCUCUGGAGCAAUUACGCUUCUUGGCAGAGCAAUACAAGACCUCGUCUGGACUGGCUGAGCCUCUGAACCUCAGCGUUAAAGCAUCAAGCCGAGAGACUAACAGCAACCCCACCUCUUCAUUCACCGCGCCUUCAUCCAGCAAGAACCCAAAGUUUUUGAACAAACCCUCCCCUCUGUACACUCUCCUUCACCCACGGGUGGUGAGAAGUGAGGCAUGUGAGACACAAGAUGGUGUGGAGGAUUAUGCUGUCGAUCUCAAUUCCAAAACGGCCUCAAGCAGCCCCGCACAUGACUCUGCUCCAGUACUGAAAACAGACGAGAGCACCUCUCCAAUAUCACCAGAACCCAGCUCUCCAAAAACAGACUUUACAAUCCAGCCAACGGAAGAACCAGAGGGGAGUCCAGAUUCGAGGAGGCUCAGUCUCAGCCACAUGCUGCCCAGGCCUCCUCAACAGAACGGAGGCAAGAUGGAAAUUGAGAUUCCCCUGUCUGUGUUUCAUAACUGGCUCAGGCUGUGUGGGCCCUCCGCCAUGAUGCAAGGGUCAAAGCAUCCUCUACAUCCUCUCUCCCAGGACCAACACUCUGGACAAAGGCAUUGUUCUAACACAGACAUCCUCCCCAACAAUAUGACAUUUCACAUGAAAGCCCAACACCAUGAGCGGAGCGCUGCCAUUGAAGAUCUAAGGCUGAAGCCGAGGAAUGCACCAAGCCCCACAUUAACCAACCAGACAUCCGGUAAUCACCACAAUGCGAGCCAAAAUCAUUUCACCAGCUACAAGCCUCUAAACAGCAUUUUGAAAAAUGCAGCCAGCCGAGAUGUUUACCCUGAUGAGCAGGAUAUUCAUAAAUCAUGUGGUUCCAAGCCCCCUAAUUGCUGGAAUGCCUAUGACAAAGAGAGCCAGGCUCACAAGAUCCAAGUUAAAAAUGACUCGAGUCCUCCCACAGUUGUGCAAGACCUUACAGUCACUAAAUCCUAUAAUGAAGACACAAACCAGGGAGGGAAAGAGAAGUCAGAGAUGGGGUCCUCGGCUCUGCUAAUGGUGAAUUCCAACUCUCUGUUGCGCCUCACCAAUGAGGAAGUGAUGAAGCUGAAGAAAAUCAUCUCAAACUCAUCGUGA